CCACUUUGUUAUGCAAGUCAAUAAAAUCGUGGCCUAGUAACACAUCAGCACAUAGAGUACGCAGAACGAAAAGCCGAACGUCAUUGCAUACUACGUUUUGGUAACGAAUUCGAACAUUGCAAUAUCCAGUAACGGCGCACAACAGAGAGGUGGAACCCAUAGUGAUUUCGGAGCCACAAAGAUAGAUUUUCCAUUGGUGGGUGUAAACGACGCAUUGAGACACAACUAUCAGAAGUGCCGAUAUUAAUUGAGGUGUCAAUUCACUAAUCUCUCCAACUUGACCUUUGGUCGCACAGCUGCUGGCUUGCAAGCAUUUCUCGCGAUGCAAGCGGUUCCCGAACGUGUUCAUUCCGAUCAAAAUAAAGAGCGUGCGCAUCGCAGGAAGAAGCGCCGUGAUGAUGCAAAUUUAGAACCACCGAGUGAUCCUCCUAAUCGCGGUUCUCGCCAACGUAAUGAGUCGCAACAUUACAACCGUGAAAAUCGGGAUUACUUCAGGAAUAAGUCGUACGAUGAAUACGAUGAAGAGUAUAUCCCCCAAAAUACAGAGCAUCUCGAUGAUUCUUUCGUCCCCGCUUCUCAUGCUAGACGCUCCGGUGACAAUCGACACAGAAGGUCCAGUAAGCCCAAGCCUCCAAUUGAAGAAAACGAUUAUGUCAAUGCCCCUUUUGAAUCUGAUUUAGAUCAAUCUGAGCAGUAUCAUGAUCGCGAAUACGGGCGUGCGGAAGACAAUGGUGUUGACGAAGCGUUACGUGAGCAAGAUGAGAGUUUUCAAUCAGAUUAUCCUCAGCGCCGCGCCUCCCGAUCGCACCCUUCACGAACACAUCAGGCAUCGCGAGAUGGCACUUUCCUACCCAUUAACGAGCGAGAACCUUCCGUCCUUACAGUUUCUGACUACGGGCGCGAAUCCGCCAUUAGCGCCACUCCUCAUGCUCUCGGUGGGAACGAACGGGAAUUCUGGAACCCCGAACCGGAGCUAGAUGGUACGGUCCCGUCGAAUCCGCCACUGUUGCAGCACGCAACAGGGUUGCAGAAGUUCUUGGCCUCGUUUCGUCGAUUUAAGAGAGCGAAACAAUCUUCAAACGCGGCCGCUUUAUCAGAACCUAACGUUACUGAUCCCAGCUCGACGCUUGCCCGUGUUAUCAUGUUGGAUGGAGAGGAAUUGUCCUAUCAACUGGGUCACAACGAAACCGGUCAGUCUUUGUUGGCUAAAGUUUGUCAGACAGCAGACAUUGUGGAGACGGAUUACUUCGGUUUGACCUAUGUAAGCAACAAGCUACGUACGUGGUUCUGGCUUGACGCUGACAGAAAAAUUUCCAAACAGUUACGAACCCCCAGUAUGCAUACCCUGAACAGAGCACAUCCCCGUGACAUGACUCUGGGUAGAGCACAAACGUCGGAUAACGUGGGUCCCCGGCGUCUUACUCCAAGUCAGCAGCCGUUCUCCAGCGCGAGACAUACUGGUCCCGCAAGUCAGUUGAAUGGUACGAUGCCAGACAUUGUCCGUCAGUCGGACUCGCAGUCCCAAUUGAGCCGACACAGCAAUGGGGUCGUGGAACAUAGCUUAUCGUAUGGAUCUCCUCGACACAGUUACACAACCGGUUCUCAGUCUCAUGAUUACAUCAACCAACGGAGGGGUCCCGCAGAUUUGUCCGCUGAUCCGUCAGUUUUGACUGCAUCAUCUCUAGCAAGCGGACACAGUGGACACUAUAGUCAAAGCGAAACAAGUCAGAGGAAGGCACGAACUGCUACUCAGCGUCGACCAAACUCUCCUCCUUCUCAUUCGACCGCACGGCCUUCUGCAUCACGUACACACACUGGGGAGAUUAGUCGACAAACCAGAGAAACCCAUGCAGCCAAUCGCAAACCACCCACUGGUGGAGUGCCCGUUCUGGGCGGAGUCAUGAUCACAGAGUCAGUUUUGGCUCGACACAAACGACCAAGCAUCGACAGUUCGGGCCCAACAACCACCACCAAAAUGGGACAUCACAGAGAAGUUGAGCCAUAUCCGGAAGAAGAUGAAAAUGAUUGGGACUAUCCUGUGGAGUACGAUGACGACGAAUUGGAACAACCUGAGUAUCCGCAGGCGAAUGCACCACUUCACCAUCGGCCUCAGUCACGUGGGUCUUUCCAUCAAUCCUUCGACGAUGAUUAUGAUCGGGGAAGUAAUCGGGACGCUUUCCUGUCAAGUCAUACGCCCAGAGGAAGAUCAGAAAAUGUGGAACUGAUGCUGUGAAUUAUCAAUCCGGUUGCCUUACAUAUAUAUAAGACUCCCAAUCGUUUCACUUUUCUACGGUUCUGUUAUACGUACCGCAUUUUAUCAUUCUGCUUUUUCUCUGUAAUCCAAGUUCUUUUUUACCGUCUUCGUUGUUUCACGCGCUGUGGUAUUUUGAUUCCUUUUUUUCUUUCUUUUACGAAUUGUGACCACGCCCAACAUAACAUAUCCAGCUUUGGAUCGAUGACCUACCUGUUUUACACAUUAUGAUUUAUUUUCAGUGCUCGUUCUAUUUUCACAUAUAUUUCUAUAGUAGAACGCUUCAAUUACUCCUAUUACAAUCGCAACCACACCGUCUUGUGGGCUUGCCUUAGAGCGAUUUA